CGCGCCUUCUACAAAAUUGUUCUUCUCUUUCGUCUUUCUUCUUUACUCAAUCAAAAUUUGUUCUUCGCCUAUUCAAAUUUUGUUUUCCAGUCAGUGGAAAAGCUUACAGCGAACAUGUCGGCAGAUUUGUUGUCGGAAAGACCUUUGUUUGGUGGAGCAAUCUCAACUGCAUUUCCAAUUAGGUUUCAGGAUGUCAGUAACAUCAGGCAAGUUCCCGAUCAUCAGGAGGUGUUUGUGGACCCUGCUCGUGAUGAAAGCUUGAUCUUUGAGUUGUUAGAUUACAAGCAUGAAGUUGGAGAUGAUGGGAGUGCUAUUUGGUUUCUUCGAGACCUUGCCAGUGAACAAGACGGUGAAGGAUUCACGCUUCUUGAGCAGUCAAAAGUGGUUGAGGCCCCUGGAUUGUGUUACAGAAACAUUCCGGCUGUUGUUACAACUGCAGUUGGCCAAAUGGCUGUUUCUAAGGGACGGCAAGGAAGAGAAGCGCAAAAUAUUAUCAAGUUCUAUCUUGCAAACAUACGUCUUAAGGAAGUUGGGACAGAUGUUCUGGUAACUGCAUAUGAGCCCAUCUUGAUCAACCCUUUGAGCGAAAGUGCUAGUACGGUUGGUGCAGGAUUAGCUAUCCCAGCUAUUCAAUCUGGAUUCAUGCCGAUGUUUGAAGUCUUUAAACUAGCCGUUACAAGCUUCAAAGUGAAUGACUGGGGCCUUUUUGGUCCUACUGUUUGAGAGAUGCGUUAAAAAGGGUACUGAAGGGCAGGUAAAACUCCAGGAUUUCCCCCCCUUUCUCUCCUGAAACAGCGUUGAUGUUUACGCCUCGGCAGUUUUCAAUACCUGUGUAGUAGUAGCAGUAGUCUCCGAGCGUUUCAUGAUCUCUUUAAAAGUUGUUCAUGUUCAUUGCCCACCUUACUUGAAUGGAUUCUUUUGAAAGCCAAAAGUUUUCCAAGGAGAUUGAACUGACAAUUCUAUAAUUUUAUAAUUUGUCUUUCUCUA